AUGAGCCGAAAUCACAACAGAAGGGGCGGAAUCAAGCGCAGCCGCUCCAACAGCGAGUGGGCGACAGAUAAACGCGAUGUGACAACGUUAUCCAACGCUGCGUUUGAGGCGUACUAUAAGGACAAUGUCAUUCCCGCUGAGGAGUGGGAGUCCUUCAUGGAGGCUCUUCGCCGGGCUUUGCCCACGGCUAUUCGUGUACACCCAUCUGUUCCUUGCGCAACUGCUGUCUCGGAGUAUGUGCGGUCACGUCUUCUUCACGCUGCAUUGCCCGUACAACCCAUUCCAUUUAUUCCCGACAAUAUGGCGUUUCAAAGCUCCAUUUCUCGUGGGGACCUCAAGCGCACCACGGAGCUGAAGGAAGUCAAGCGGCUCAUCUCUGCGCUUAAUGAAGGAGGCUUCCUCACCCGUCAGGAAACCGUAAGUAUGAUCCCUGUCGUGCUGCUGCAGGUGGCUCCAGGGAAUCGGGUCCUUGACAUGUGUGCUGCGCCUGGGAGCAAAACUUCACAGAUACUGGAGGCAGUUAUAUCUUCGAAUCAGGAUGGCGUUGUGGUGGCAAAUGACCUGAAUGUGGCACGUCUUGAUGUGCUGCUUCAUCAGACUGCUCGGUCACCUGGUGCCCAUCCGCAUUUAAUUGUCACUAACUAUGAUGGAACACAGUUCCCUCUCCUUCCAAAGGAGGAUAAGUUUGACCGUGUGCUAUGUGACGUAAUGUGCUCGGGCGAUGGCACAUUACGGAAAUCGAUGGAUAUGUGGCCCCGCUGGAAUACUGUGCACGGCGCCGAUUUACACGUCACACAGGUACGGGUUCUAACACGUGGUAUGAUGCUCUGCAAAAAGGGCGGCAUCGUGGUGUACUCCACCUGCAGUUUGAAUCCUGUGGAGGACGAGGCCGUUGUGUCUGAAUGUCUCUCACAGGCAAAAGGCACUUUCCGCCUUAUUGACCCGGCUCCCUUUCUAAAGGACUUUGUAACGGUUCCAGGGCAGACGGAUUGGUUUCUACUCACCAAAGAUCUCACACAGAAGCUUCGAACGUUUGAAGAUGCUGAGGCCUACAACCAAUCAAAGCAGGCGCAUGGUUUCCGUUACCGUAAGUCUAUGUUUUCAAACGCUCAAGUCCUGCGGGAACAGAACAUACACUUCGCUCGGCGUGUUGUUCCUCACCAACAGGAUACAGGGGGAUUCUUUUUUGCCGCAAUGGAAUGUGUGGAGGAUUACCCGUUGGAAGAUGCGGAUGUGUGCACAGCCGCAACCAAACAGCCCUUUAGCCUCUGUUCGCCAGCGCUUCAGGAGCAAGUACGUGGCUCCUUGGGUCUUCCGGGGUCCUUUCCUGCAUGUCAGCUCUACGUAAGGAACGAGGUUGCUCGGGAGCAGAAGUUCUAUUUCGCAAGCAAGGCCACGUGUAAGUUUUUCCCGAAGCUUGGCGCCCGUAUCGUUCACGUCGGUUGUAAGAUGUUUGAGUCUUACGCCAAGUACAGCAAUGAUAAGUUGCGCUUUUCUACCGAAGGAGCGGCCUCCUUGGUGCCCCUUCUUCCCUCUGAGUUUAUUAUAGAGGCAGAUGCCGCGUUUGUGUUGCGACUUGGCGCGAAUGGCACUGUGCCCGCAUCAGAGCUUCCGUCACCUCCACCCCCAUAUUCUAACUUCUUGCUCUCGUGCAAGACAUCUCUUGUUGAAACCAUAUAUGUUGCCAUGGAGCGUAAAGUUUCUGGGCAAUUUGGGGCGAAGGUGGCGGAGUGGCAACUGUCGAUCCUCAAGUUAACCCUCGGGUUGCCCUUUGUGGAAUGCACCGCGGAUGGUACUGCGGCCGAUGAGUGUUGCGCGGAAGAGAGUUGA